AUGUCCAACACGAUGGCACUAGUCAGACGGUCCACAACGUCCCUCAGCAAGACGUCGUCCCUCAGCAAGACGUCAUCCCUCAGCAAGACAUCGUCCCUCACCAAGCAGAGCUCACGUGAGACAAAGGCGGAUGAGGAAGAAGGCAAAGGCCGCUCAUCAACUCAGCUGGAGUGCGACCAGGUGUACCAGGGAAUCAAGCGAUGGAAGGCACACGAAGGGGCUGUCCUGAUCCCGGUGGUCAGGAAGAGUACCAUUCCAUCCCUGAAGGACCGGGCUAGGCCGCGAUGGUGGAAGGGAAGGAAGGCCAAGGCCGCAAUGUGCUUCACAACACCAGAGGCGCUGCAACGGGAGAUCGACAGCAGCGCAAGCGACGGGCAGGUCCACGAGCUGUUCCUCCUGGUCAGCCGCUACAUCGACCUGCAGACGUCCACGUUCACCGUUCCGGAGAACAUCGACAACCUGUACAUCAUCCGGUGCGCAAACGUCUCCAAGGUCCCCGGCACGGUCGAGGGCAACAGCAAGCUGGUCCUCAACGGCGGCUCGACCUUCUGCGGCGUCCGGCUGGACGAGUGGCAGACCAAGCACGUCGGCGAGCACAACAUCAUCCUGGGGCCGGACGUCAUCAUCCAGGUGAGCAUGGGCAACGGGAUCCCCUGGACGGCCCGCGACGCCAUGGGCAUCAUCUCGAAGCAGCAGCGCGAGGAGGUCGCCAAGCACUUCAAGGAGAUGUGCGACGCAAAGUGCGAGGGCAACCCGGAGUGGAACAAGUGGCGCAGCCCCGUCAACAAGCUGCUCGACGUCGCCGCGGGGACCACCACCCUCGCGUCCGUCGUCGAGUGCUACGCCGGCGGCAUCGCCAUCCAGGUCGCCACCAAGGCGGCCGAGUCGGGCAUCGACGGCGCCUUCAAGAUCGGCGCCGGGCUGCUGUGCCUGUCCGGCCCCGGCCCAGCUCGCACUCGCUGGCGUCGGUGCCGCGGCCGCCAUCUACUUCAUCCCCUGGGACACUGUCUGGGGCUGGUUCCGCUCUGCGUUUGGGGCGUUGAUGAAAUGGAUCGUGCAGGCGUGGGAGAACCUGAAGAGUUGGAUGAAGCAGGCUUUGCCGGGGAUCGGCCAGCAGGCGAUCAAGAGUGUGUUUGA